AGUAACCAAAACGAUCAAAUCCAGAGUUAGGUAGCUUCCAUUCCAACUCCACCUACCCACGCCCACCACUCUCCCUUUUCCACCACCCGCUGAGAGAAGGGUCCAUUUCAGCAAUGGGUUUGUACACAAGCUUCAUGGAAGAGAUAAGCCUCUACACGGGGCUAUCACCCACCGCGUUUUUCACCAUUCUCGCUAUGAUGGUUGUCGUUUACAGAACCGUCAGCGCCAUGUUCGUGUCCCCCCAAGACUACAACAAACCCCCCGUCGUUUCGGCCCGAGCCCACCCCCGGUUCGACCAGCCCCAACCGCCGCGCGAACCGGUUCACUUGGGUGAAGUAACGGACCGCGAAUUGCGAUCCUACGAUGGCUCAGACCCGAAUAAACCCCUCCUCAUGGCAAUCAAAGGCCAGAUCUAUGACGUGUCCACUGGCAGGAACUUUUAUGGUCCCGGAGGACCUUAUGCAAUGUUUGCAGGAAAGGAAUGUAGUAGAGCCCUUGCACUUCUGUCAUUUAAACCUGAAGAUAUUAAUGGGAACCUUGAAGGUUUAGAGGAGUCAGAGCUCACAAUUUUAGAGGACUGGGAAUUUAAAUUCAUAGAAAAGUAUCCAAAGGUUGGCCAGCUAGUUUCAGAGCAAAGAACUCAGCAAAAUGAGGUCAAAGAACAUAUUCAAGACAAUUUGGACCCUAAUGAAUGCAAGGAGGAAACCAAAUAGUAAUCAUUGUGUUGUAUAGUUUGCGUGUAUAUCCGAGGGAUUGUUGUACCUUAAGCAAUUUGGUAGGGGUACUGAAUCACUAUGGUUCAAGCAAUUUGGUAAGGGUAUGUUUGUUAAUACUUUUUCCAAAAUAUUUAAAAGAAAACAAAGUAUGUAGGAAA